CCCACGAUGUCAGUGUGGGUUGCACGUUUUGCUAAAAUUGACACUCUGACUGUUUCUUACAUGUGCAGAAUACAUGUAAUUUGUUGACGUUGAUCCCUCAAUAUGGAAAACUGUUUCAAAAUGAGUGUUUAUUGAUAUUUUAGUCACUUGUAUCCUGUGGUUGUCGUCAGACUUUAUUCAGCGUCCAAAUGAAUAGCGGACUGACCGAGCUCCAAGACCGGGGGUUAGAGGUUGACAUGAACCCACCGAAGAGGCUCCGCACCGCAGACAGCGGUGCAGAAGCACCGGCAGGAGGGCAGGAGGAGCUGGAGGGGAGUGCAGUGGAUGUGAGUAUUGUCAUGCCAGUGUACAAUGCAUCCUGUUGGCUGGACGAGUGUCUGCAGUCCAUCAUCCAGCAAGACUUCACUGGAACCAUGGAGCUCUCUGUCUUUGAUGAUGCAAGCACUGAUGACUCCAGAAAAGUGGUGGAGGGUUGGAGAGACAGGCUGGAGGCAAGGGGCAUCUCCAUGGUGAUCUCUGGCCACAACUCUGCUCAUCCAAGAGGAGUGGGAUAUGCGAAGAAUAAGGCAAUAUAUCAGAGCUGUGGACGGUACUUGUGCUUUCAGGAUGCGGACGACAUUAUGUUACCCCAAAGAGUUUGUGUGCAGUAUGAGGCGUCUCUCCUCCACCCAAACUCUUUAAUCGGCUGUAGAGUUCAGAGGGUUCCAGAGGGAUCGACAGAACGUUACACUCGCUGGAUCAACACAAUCACUCAGGAUCAGCUCAUCACACAGGUGUACACUUCUCACGGGCCCACAGUCAUCAUGCCAACAUGGUUCUGUUCAAGGAACUGGUUCCUAAAGGUUGGACCGUUUGAUGAGGGGGGAAAGGGAGUCCCAGAGGACUUGCUCUUCUUCUACCAGAGUCUUCGUAAAGGAGGAGGCGUGGCCAGAGUUGACCAGUGUCUGCUGGUGUACCGUUACCACGAGAAGGCUACCACACACUCCGUGACAGAGGAAACCAUUUGGAACCAGCGAGUGGCAUUCCUGCAGGAGAGAGUUCUUAGCCAAUGGGAGCGCUUCACCAUAUGGAAUGCUGGGAAACAGGGCCGGAAGCUGUACCGCUGCCUCAGCCCAACCAAUCAGAAGAAAGUCAAAGCUUUCUGUGAUGUGGACGAGAACAAGAUCCAGAAAGGUUUCUACACAUACGAGGACUCUAAGGAAAGACCAAAGCCAAAAAUCCCAAUUCUGCACUACAAAGAUGCCUCCGGCCCCUUCAUUAUCUGUGUUAAACUGGACAUGACAGGAGGCGUUCUGGAGGAAAACCUCAACUCUUUGCAGCUCAAGGAAGGAACAGAUUACUACCAUUUCAACUGACAGCUUGGAGUGGUGACAAAGACAAAGGGGCGCUGCAUCUUUAACAGGCGGAGGAAUGCGCAGGAGUGGAUUACUUACACACACAAACUGAAAGAUAGGCAGGUGAUAACAGAAAAACAGUGAACUGAACAUUGGAAUAGAGUGAAGGACAAUAGCAGGACAAGAGAGGGAGAAGAAUAUAAUGAAUGUCAUGUGUUUUCAGUGUUAAAAGAAGAUAGGAUGUUUAACUCAGCAACUCCGGCAAAGUUUAAUCACCUGCUUAUAAAGGCACAACAGUCCAUUCCCUCCCGCACAUCUGAACCACAGCACUGUGGUUAUUACUGUGUUUGUAGAAUAGUUUGAGAUUUUUGGAAAAUACGCUCACUUGCUUUCUUUCCAAGAAUUAGACAGUCAGAUUGAUAGCACUCUCAUGUCUGUACACCAAAUAUUAAGCUAGAGCAGGGGAAGGUUAGCUUGGCUUAGCAUAAAGACUUAAAGACAUAAAGACCAGCACCUCUGAGGCUCAAUAAUUAGCAUUUCAUUUUUUGAAUCUGUACAAAAAAUUGUACCUGUAAGUAUAAAAACACCAAGCUGUAGUUUUGAGCAUGAUGAUUUCUUUUUUUGAUGAUUUUCUUUGCCGAGAUUUGUUUAUUUCUUUUUUUUUUAUUUCUUUUUUUUUUAAUUACAUUUCAGUUUUUGUACUGACUAAGCACAAGGCACAUUGUUUCCAUUGGUGAGAUUAAGGGGUGCUGGUUGGGGGAUCUUUUCAUCUUUUGACAGGCAGGCUAGCUAUAACCCCGUGAGAAGAGAAGAAGUUGAGGGAUGUUUUGGUAAUUCAGUUACAAAGAGGAGGGCAUUUGGGUCCUCAUAUUUAUCGGAGGACAGCUAUUUAUCAUGCAAGGAUGACUGCAGUGUUGACCACCAUAAAAAUCAUAUUGUUGUUUUCGAAGUCUGUGUGGAUUGAGUCAUUUGGUAUGUGCCAACCUGUAUACUUAAACUUCUGUUGAAGUGAAGUGUUGGGAGUCAGCAUGUCUUCACAGGAGGAUAAACGUAUCAACAGUGGGAUGAUUUAUUACCAGAGUCCUUACACAGCUUUCUUAACAGUGUUCUCUGAUGCAACCAGGCAAAAUCAGAUACACGCACAUAUCUGCUACAAAUUUACAAACCUGGAUACUGUACGUAUUUGUUUUCCUUUCACUGGGUCUCUUAUGAAAUCUAAAGAACAAUAACCUCUUUAGGAGAGCACAGUUCUUAUACAUAAACACACACAAAAAAAAGUUUAUUUUACCUCACAGAGUGUGGAGUUUUUCUACCCAAAGGUAAACAGACCUUUCCCCACAAACCUCCCCCGGUGUUUCCUGGGUCGGCGAGGCGGUCUGCUUUCUUGUAAAUUUG